AUGACGCUGACCGGCCGGCCGAUAACCGCAGAGGAAGCCCUUCAUUGGGGUUUGGUAACAAGGGUGGUCGAAGAUGGUAAAGCCCUCGAUGCUGCUACCGAGCUUGCCAAGGAGAUCCUUAGACACCCGUACGAGUGCAUGCUAGCUGAUAGACGAUCCAUGCUGUACUCCGUAGAUGCCAACACAAAGGAAGCUUUCGAGUUCGAGCUGAACAGCUUGUCAGUGCUUCCAGCCGCCAUCAAAGGUAAGGAAACUUCUUCUGUUUAA